AUGGUUUAUCAAGGAUCAACCAACCUACAGAUCACACGAAAGGUCUGCAACUUUUCAUAAGGUGAUCAAAUGAUGAAAUACAGUAUGCAUAAAUUGAACGUGCCCCACUGUCUACUCUAGGCCCUACCUACACACAACAUCGAAAAUAUCAGAACGCGUCAGAUACCCCAAACACACCAUGACAGUCGUGAAGAGGGCACGACAAAGCCUAUUCCCCCUCAGGAGACUGAAAAGAUUUGGCAUGGGUCUUCAGAUCCUCAAAAAGUUCUACAGCUGCACCAUCGAGAGCAUCCUGACUAGUUGCAUCACUGCCUGGUAUGGCAACUGCUCGGCCUCCGACCGCAAGGCACUACAGAGGGUAGUGCGUACGGCCCAAUACAUGUGACAAAUAACUUUUGAUUUUGAUUUGAUAAUUUUAGCCAACAGUGAAUUUAGACCGUUCAUUACACGCGUAUCCAAAAUGGGCAGGUUAACACACGCAAAAAAUAGCCUAUGAACAGCCCGGACAACUCCCCUUAGAGAUAGACAAAUAAAAACAUGCAAGCAAAUACUAACAUGAUUUAUAUGUGUGUGUUCCCACAGGUAGUGUCCGUCAUGCAGCACUAUGGAGUGAACGGCUACUCUCUCCACGCGAUGAACUCCCUGAGCGCCAUGUAUAACCUGCACCAGCAGGCCGCGCAACAGGCGCAGCACGCGCCAGACUACCGACCUUCAGUGCACGCGCUCACCCUAGCUGAGAGACUUGCUGGUAAUUGAGUCCAACAAACAAACCUUUACACACAUACACACCUUUCAAUUCAUUAUAACUUUCGGACAUAUUCCCGUGUCUAAUUAAUUAAACUUGCCGAGUCUCUUCUCUUCCAACGGCUGCACAUUUCAAGACAUCAUCCUGGAGGCUCGCUACGGGUCCCAGCAUCGCAAACAGCGCCGGAGCCGCACCGCGUUCACGGCACAGCAGCUUGAGGCCUUGGAGAAGACUUUCCAGAAGACCCACUACCCCGACGUGGUGAUGCGCGAGCGCCUUGCCAUGUGCACUAACCUCCCCGAGGCCCGUGUGCAGGUAUGGAAGGCAAAGUCACUACAGAAUUAACAUUCAGAAUACAUAGUACCAUAGUCUGACAUACACAUAAUACUAUUGGUUGAUAUGGCACAUAUUGAUGAAUUGUAUCUGAUCAAUCAUAAUUCAUGACACAUUUUUAUUUUUUUAUUUUUUUAUUUCACCUUUAUUUAACCAGGUAAGCCAGUUGAGAACAAGUUCUCAUUUACAACUGCGACCUGGCCAAGAUAAAGCAAAGCAGUGCGAUAAAAACAACAACACAGAGUUACAUAUGGGGUAAAACAAAACAUAAAGUCAAAAAUAAAACAGAAAAUAUAUAUACAGUGUGUGCAAAUGUACUAUGUUAUGGAGGUAAGGCAAUAAAUAGGCUAUAGUGCAAAAUAAUUACAAUUAUUAUUAACACUGGAAUGAUAGAUGUGCAAGAGAUGAUGUGCAAAUAGAGAUACUGGGGUGCAAAUGAGCAAAAUAAAUAACAAUAUGGGGAUGAGGUAGUUGAAUGGGCUAAUUUCAGAAUGGCUGUGUACAGGUGCAGUGAUCGGUAAGCUGCUCUGACAACUGAUGCUUAAAGUUAGUGAGGGAGAUAAGAGUCUCCAGCUUCAGAGAUUUUUGCAAUUCGUUCCAGUCAUUGGCAAGCAGAGAACUGGAAGGAAUGGCGGCCAAAGGAGGUGUUGGCUUUGGGGAUGACCAGUGAGAUAUACCUGCUGGAGCGCAGACUACGGGUGGGUGUUGCUAUGGUGACCAAUGAGCUAAGAUAAGGCAGGGAUUUACCUAGCAGUGAUUUAUAGAUGGCCUGGAGCCAGUGGGUUUGGCGACGAAUAUAAUAAUAAUAAUAAUAAUAAUAAUAUGCCAUUUAGCAGACGCUUUUAUCCAAAGCGACUUACAGUCGCAAUAUGUAGUGAGGACCAGCCAACAAGAGCAUACAGGUCACAGUGGUGGGUAGUAUAAGGGGCUUUGGUGACAAAACGGAUGGCACUGUGAUAGACUACAUCCAAUUUGCUGAGUAGAGUGUUGGAGGCUAUUUUGUAAAUGACAUCGCCGAAGUCAAGGAUCUGUAGGAUAGUCCGUUUUUACGAGGGCAUGUUUGGCAGCAUGAGUGAAGGAGGCUUUGUUUUGCGAAAUAGGAAGCCGAUUCUAGAUUUAACUUUGGAUUGGAGAUUCUUAAUGUGAGUCUGGAAGGAGAGUUUACAGUCUAACCAGAAACCUAGGUAUUUGUAGUUGUCCACAUACUCUAGGUCAGACCCGUCGAGAGUAGUGAUUCUAGUCGGGUGGGCGGGUGCCAGCAGCGUUCGAUUGAAGAGCAUGCAUUUAGUUUUACUAGUGUUUAAGAGCAGUUGGAGGCUACUGAAGGAGUGUUGUAUGGCAUUGAAGCUUGUUUGGAGGUUUGUUAACACAGUGUCCAAUGAAGGGCCAGAUGUAUACAAAAUGGUGUCGUCUGCGUAGAGGUGGAUCUGAGAGUCACCAGCAGCAAGAGCGACAUCAUUGAUAUACACAGAGAAAAGAGUCGGCCCAAGAAUUGAACCCUGUGGCACCCCCAUAGAGACUGCCAUAGGUCCAGACAACAGGCCCUCCGAUUUGACACAUUGAACUCUAUCUGAGAAGUAGUUGGUGAACUAGGCGAGGCAGUCAUUUGAGAAACCAAGGCUAUUUAGUCUGCCAAUAAGAAUGCGGUGGUUGACAGAGUCGAAAGCCUUGGCCAGGUCGAUGAAGACGGCUGCACAGUACUGUCUAUUAUCGAUCGCGGUUAUAAUAUCGUUUAGGACCUUGAGCGUAGCUGAGGUGCACCCAUGACCAGCUCGGAAACCGGAUUGCAUAGCGGAGAAGGUACGCUGGGAUUCGAAAUGGUCGGUGAUCUGUUUGUUAACUUGGCUUUCAAAAACUUUCGAAAGGCAGGGCAGGAUGGAUAUAGGUCUGUAGCAGUUUGGAUCUAGAGUGUCACCCCCUUUGAAGAGGGGGAUGACCGCGGCAGCUUUCCAAUCUCUGGGGAUAUCAGACGUUACGAAAGAGAGGUUGAACAGGCUAGUAAUAGGGGUUGCGACAAUUUCGGCAGCUAGUUUUAGAAAGAAAGGGUCCAGAUUGUCUAACCCAGAUGAUUUGUAGGGGUCCAGAUUUUGCAGCUCUUUCAGAACAUCAGCUGUCUGAAUUUGUGUGAAGGAGAAGCGGGGGGGGGCAUGGGCAAGUUGCAGCGGAGGGUGCAGAGCUGGUGGCCGGGGUAGUGGUAGCCAAAUGAUUAUUGAAAUUCUCGAUUAUUGUAGAUUUAUCGGUGGUGAUAGUGUUUCCUAGCUCAGUGCAGUGGGCAGCUAGGAGGAGGUGCUCUUAUUCUCCAUGGACUUUACAGUGUCCCAAAACUUUUUGGAGUUAGUGCUACAGGAUCUACACAUCUUUAACAUUGGGCAAAAAAUGUCAAAAAAAUGACUCAGGCCAAUUAUUUUUUACAAGUUUUCAUAAGACAAAUAGUAAAACACACAUACACACAGAAUUAGCCUUUCUCAAACAUAUUUUUAUAAUUAUCAGGGAGCAUGCUUCUAACCGUCUCCCAACCUUGCACAUUUUAAACAGGUGUGGUUCAAGAACCGCAGGGCCAAGUUCCGCAAGAAGCAGCGCAGCCUGCAGAAGGAGCAGCUCCAGAAACAGAAGGAGGCCAACGGAGAGGGAGGUGACAAGGAGGAGGCUCCCACCACCAUCACUCCAGAGAACCAGCUCCCCCCAUCCUCCUCCUCUUCCUCCUUGGAGGUUGAGGGUCCGCCCCGUCCAUUGGUGUCGGAAAUUAGCAUGGAGUUAAACGUGACCUCGGCAGAACAGUCGGGCUGCGAGUCGGCCACCGAGGACAACGCUACCGAUAAGGAGGAGGAGUCUAAGCCACAGAGGGAGGAGCUCAAGAGUGAGAGGGCGAUGACGCCAGGCAACGUCUCGCCACCCUGCAGGCGGCUUAGUCCCAAACCCGGUAAGGACAAGGUCUUAAAUUGUGACUGACACUUGUACAUCUCUAAUAUACAUAGCUUCAUUGGGGGCAUUAGAAAACAGACAAAGUCAAUCAAAUUUAGAGGCAUCCUUCAGGAUAGUCAAUUAAGAGUAAACAUAUGAAAUGCUUACAUUGUCGUCCAACAUCAGUUCAUUUCAGUCAGUGGCAAAUGAAGAGGUGGCACAACAGCUUUGCCGGUUCUUAGUAAAUUAUACAUAGGUCUGCCUUCCUGCCUACCAGAGAAACUUAGUUUAAAGUCCUCCUCCAGUCUCCUUUUCACCUGAUUACUUAACAAAAGGCACAUCUCAAUAAGAUGUGCCUUUGACAUAAGAGGGGGACCUUCCCUCUUUUGUUCUCUAUUGUUCCUCAAGCAAGGUGGGAGGCUGAUGACAUCACAAAGUCCCCAUCAGACCAACUCCUUGAAUGCUGUACUCUUUGAAGUUUGCAGUUGUGUCUAAAAAAAAUGUUUUACACUUUUGUGAAGUGUACUUUACUGCAGGGGUAUUCAACCGGGGGUCCGCGGCCCCCCAUGGGUCCACUGAGGUACUGCAGGGGGUCUGCAAAAAUAUAUGUACAAAAAGUGGCACUUUCAUUUUUAUUUCAAUGUUUUUAUGAAUAUCAAUAGCAACAACAGACACAGCAAAUGUUGAAUUAUACCUACAGUAGAAAAGAGGGGAAUAUCUUAUUUCUAAUGAUGUCAACUUUGUUUCUCAAAUAUUGAGCAAAGUACACUCACUGGAGUAUCUGACAUAGGCUUUGAAAAAGCACCUGUGAGAACCAGUCGUGGCAAGUGACGCUGGCUGCUGGAAAGCUUUCUUGACUUGGACAUACAUUUUUGCCAACACAUUGUGCUUGUUAGGGAGCUUAUACACAUUAUUUUGUAGUUGUAUUGUUUGUAUAAUUUUGUUGUUGUAUUGUUUGUAUAUUGUUAUUUUACAUUUGUGUGACUGUUCUUGUCUAUCAGUGUAUCAGUGUUUUGUUACUUGUCAUGUUUUGUGUUUUUGUGGACCCCAGGAAGAGUAGCUGCUGCUUCUGCAAAAGCUAAAUGGGGAUAGCUGCUAUUAGCUUUUCCGUCAUAAUGCUUACAUUUUAGAAGGGAGGAUUCAACUUUAUAUUCAAGUAGAUAUAGUUUACCCAAUAGCAGUUUUACAUUUUUACAUGAAGUGGGUAAAGUUAGUAAUCAUUUUAUGAGCAGAACGGCACAGUUAGGGGGAUAAACUUUAUUUCCAAAAGAUCUAAGCGAUCAAAACGAUUCGUUCUUGAAACGGGGGUGUCACCAAAGCUGUGUUGUAUUCAUUAGAUAUGUCUUUCAAAGAUGCAUUAUAAGCUCAAAUUUUUUUCAACAAAAAUGACAAUUAUGAUAAUAACUGUGACUAUUUGCAUGACAAUUAAUCGUUAACCCAAAUUCCAUAAUCGUCACAGGCCUAAUUUGGAGUUACUUUUCUAGCUAACAGGCUAUGGUAGAGUUGACACUUCUUCCAAUUAUAAUGUGGGGAGGUCAAAAUAAUGAAAAACUAUCUACCAAAUCUAUUCAUUUUAAAAUGUUGAAUAUUUGUCCUUGCCAUUAUCAUUCACUGGAUAAUAAGACAAGAUAUGUGGAAAAAAACAUGUUUUGCUAUCAUGAUGGGGGUCUCUGGGUCGCUGGUUUGCCUGGUGGGGGUCCCUGGGCAAGAAAAAGUUGAAGACCCCUGCUUUACUGUGUUUAUAAUUGGGAUAUCGCUUUUCAACAGGAAAAGUAAAACAAAAUCACUGGAGGACAUCUUUAAUGUUCUUGACUCUUAUCUGUUUUUUCCUUUACUCAGAAUCCCCCAUGGUCUCCCCGUCUGUGACGCCCUCGUCCAUUGGUGUCAGUGGUGGGAUCUCCCAGAGCCACUCCUACUCCUCCUCCCCGCUCAGCCUCUUCCGCCUGCAGGAGCAGUUCCGCCAGCACAUGGCUGCCACCAACAACAUGGUGCACUACCCUUCCUUCGACAUGAGCACCCCGUCCUCCCUGCCCUACCUGGGCAUGAACGUCAACAUGUCCCCGGGACCGCUGGGCUCCCUGCCCUGCCAGUCAUACUACCAGUCCCUGUCCCACCACGCGGCCCAGCAGGUGUGGAACAGUCCCCUGCUCCAGGCCUCCGGAGGCCUCCCCAACCACAACAGCAAGACCACCAGCAUCGAGAACCUCCGGAUGCGGGCCAAGCAGCACGCAGCCUCCCUGGGACUGGACACGCUGCCUAACUGA